UCCUCAAGGGCGAACUGGAGUACAUAAAGCAAAGGUGAGCAGAACAUGGUCAUUAGUUGCACAUUCCUGCACUGACAGAGAAAGUCGUUGCAGUCAACAUGGCGCGUCUCUGGUUGGCUGCUGCUUUGUGUGCUUUAGUAUUCAUUGCUCUAGCUAACGAUGCCGAAGGACAUGGACAUCAUUAUGGGCAUCGCCAUGGAUAUCACCAUCAUAAAAGCAAAGGCGCAUGCAAAAGCAAAGGACGAAAUAUAGGACACCAUCAUGCUCGCAAGAGCUACCCACGUGGAAACAUAGGAGUUUUGGGAAGUCUAUAUGCCAAAAAAGGAUGCUCAAAGAGAAGACAUAAGAGUCAUAGUGGUCAUAAACACGGACAUGGUCUUUUCAAGGCUUUUGGUGACAUCAAGAAAUGUGGAUCAAGGAGAAGAAAACAUGGCCUGUCCGUCUCAGGAAACAAGAAAAGUCACAGUCACAGUCACAGUGGGGGCAGAAGUCAUAAAUUAAACAUAAACAAUAAGAGAAGAAACAGGAGCAGGAAACGACAGAAACAUGGUGGGUCUGGCAGCAAGGACAGCAGCGGCAGCAGCAGUCAUCACGUGAACAAAAACAAUAAGAGAAGGAACGGGACAAGGAAACGACAGAAACAUGGUGGGUCUGGCAGCAAGGACAGCAGCGGCAGCAGCAGUCAUCACGUGAACAAAAACAAUAAGAGAAGGAACAGGACAAGGAGGCAAAAGAAACGUGGUUCAUCAUCCAGUUCAUCAUCCAGUUCUGGUGGUAACUCCGACCAUCAACAAACAAAUACAGUUGAUAAGAAGAGGCCAGUUCCCAGUAAAAAGGAGCAUCCUUGUCGAAGUAACCCGUGUCAGAAUGGAGCUGAAUGUUACGAGAAACCUAACGGGGAUUACACUUGUUCUUGCAAAGCUGGAUUUAGAGGAACGCGCUGUGAGCAAAAAAUAGUCGUCAAGGUGCGUCCUUGCGAUAGCAACCCGUGCUUGAAUCAUGGACAAUGCAUUCCCAGCGGCUCGGGGUACAGGUGUAGAUGUGAAAGAGGCUUCGCUGGGGAAAAUUGUCAAAUUGUGCCGAAAUCAUUUGACCCCUGUGCAGGCGUGGUUUGCCACAAUGGAGGUACGUGUUACGCAGAAAAUGGCGAAGCAAAGUGCAAAUGCCGGACUGGAUUCAAAGGGACACUCUGCAGAAACAAGGUCGAUAGGAGUGGAGCAUGUGCAAACAACCCAUGUAAACACAAUGGUGAUUGUCACGAGAUCGACAACGGCAACACCUUCUAUUGCAACUGCAUGGGCGACUGGGAAGGUGUGACUUGUAAAAUCGCCAUCGAUCAUAGCGGACCUUGCGACAACAACCCGUGUGCACAUGGCCAUUGCGUGCCGUCUAGAAACAUAUUCCGUUGCUUGUGCUCGGGCGGUUACACUGGAGAUCUAUGUGACGUUCCUCCCAAAAAAGAUCCAUGUCUACAAAAUCCAUGUCUAAAUAAUGGACAGUGUAUUUCACUGACAACGGGUGACUUCAACUGCAAGUGCCGCAGUGGCUUUGAAGGCGCGUUCUGUGAGACGGGUAAGAUGAGACCCGGACUCUGCCCUAUCUCCAACACAGGUAACUGUGUGAGAGGUAUAGAUGGGUGCAAUUCAGAUAGCGAAUGUCCAGGAGAAGAUGAGAAAUGCUGCUCAACUGGAUGCAGUCGCGUUUGCCGAAAACCAUGUAGAGGUGUAUGCUACAACUUCUGCCCGAACGGUUUCGUGUAUGAUAACGAUGGCUGUCCAACAUGCCAAUGCAAAGAGUUACCGCUGCCACCUAAAGAAGAAGUUGUACCACCAAAGCCUAAAGUAGCAGAUCAAGUGGGAAAGGAAAACAUUGCAUUCAACACCAAAAUCGAUCUGUCUAAGACAACUAGAGUUCGUCUCAGCGUCAUUUGGGACGAUGAUCUGCGCAUCUCCUUCAAACACCCUAAUUCACCUAAUGCAUUCUACGUCAUAUAUAUUGGUUGGGAGACUGCCCGCAUCGAAAGGUGUUCUUCAAGUGGAACUUGUAAAAUGGUUAGAGACGUCAAUACCAAGGGCAUCCUUAAGAAGUCUCCGGUUGAAUCCAUCAAUUUCUACAUCAUCAUUUCACCAGAAGGCGAUUUCAUUAUAGGCCUUGACAAUCCGGACUACGAGUUGAUGAGUUACAACGAUCCCAACCCUGUGACAGGUUUCGCUAACAUGUACAUCUUCGCUGGUGGCGUGUACCCAGUGGACUGGACGGUUGCAACACCAACAAUUGAAGAUUCUCCAAUGGUACAGAUAGACACAGAUGGUCGCGACACAGUGGUGGAUCUCCAGCGAAUCAGGGCUAUCGAUGUCCGUCAAACUGUCAAAAUAAGGUUCAGCGUCAUCCACGGAGAGCAGUUGCAGAUUGGACUUAAAUCGACGAUCAAUUUGAAGAAGUACAUCAUCAUACACAUCGGCAAGGAGUCUUCUCAUGUUGAAGAGUGUAAUGAGGACGAGGAAUGCACGGUGAGCGAAAACUUCGACACGGCAGGGAACAUUGCUAGUGAUCACUUCGUCAACUACUUUAUCUUAUUCCGCCGUGACGGUUCUGUAAGCGUCGUGUAUGAGGAUACACAGACAGAGUUUAUCACUUACAGUAUCAUUGAACCACGAGAGGGCUCUUUUAACGUUUUCAUCAGUUCUGGACAUGGUGGCCAGGCCAGCUGGAAAGUACACCAGUCAACCACUAUACAAGAGGACACGAUUACGUUGAAGCCACACCCUAUCGAACAGAAUGACAAAACAUGGACCUUCAUAACCGAACCUCUUCGUUCAUUCGAAAAGGAGAUCCAAGUGGGCUUGGCUGCUGAUGCACAGAUUCACAUUGUGCUUACGGGAGACAAAGAAAAGGCAGAUAGUGCAUACGAAAUCAUUAUCGGAGCUGAGUCCAACACCAAGGUCAUUGUCAAGAAGGGUUCCCAGAGCGUUUCCGCGAACCAUGUCCUCUCCAGUGGCAGUUAUGAUGACUACUCAGACUAUUGGAUUGGUUGGUCUGAUGGUAACCUGUGCGUGGGUGACAUUGACAACUACAAGAAGAACGACGCAUUAGCCUGCAUUGCUGUGCCAGUCAAAGAUCAAGUCUUCACAUGGGCAGGUUUCAAGGGCGACAUGAUGGACUACAUCAUAUACUACUCGUUUGAGUACGCAGUCUCUUAUGGCAUUUUCUCUACCUACGACAGCAACAUGGCAUACCCAUUGCGAUUCAAACGAGCUCGCAUGACGAACAACGUAUUGGAGUUUGGAGUCAUGACAGACAGUGAUGCACAUAUGGCCGUAUCUAACUGCCAAGGUGCGGACACACCGACUGCACCGAUGUACGAGCUUGUCAUGGGAACUCAAGGUUCCGAAGGGUGUCUCUUCCGUCGUUGCAAGGGAUGUGAGGCGGUGGCAGAGGGGGCUUGUCCAGGCUUACUUGACGAAACUGAACCCAAAGAUUACACCUUCGAGUUCAAUAAUGGUCAUCUGAAACUUCACAAAGGAAGAGGAGUUUCCAAGAAGCUUCUUCUGGAAUGGGACGACCCUAACCCAAUACAAAACGUGGGUCACCUGGCAACGGCUACUGGAUUCCAAAGUUCUGGAACAUCUCGCUGGAUACUGUACCAUCCAUAAAUACUGUCGCUGGUGUUGUAGCUACAAGAAUUUUGGGUAAAACAACCAAGGACAACGCAUUAAAUCUCAGUAUGUUGUUCGUUUGAUUUAACGGUACCAUACUAGGUUUUAAUUGAUUUGGUUUUGACUUUUAGCAUCAAUAUAAGCACGCAUGAAAAGUUAGCAUUUUGGGUAACUUAAGUUGGGAUUAAUUGUUGAUUUGGUUUAUCUGUUCGGUAAAAUAUUACUACGGUUCCGUAUUAAAUGUAACUAUUACGUCAUCCUACAUGAGAUGUUACUUAUUUUAGAUUAUUCAACUUUCAUUUAGCUCGUAUUGCAAAGAAUUCUCAAAUGUAUUUAAAGUGCCAAAAGUGGGUUUUGUCGUCGCAAUUAAACUGAUUAGUCAGAUGGAAUAAUUUAACAAGUUCAAACUGGACAUUUUGUGUGACAAACACACAAAAUGUCCAAUGCAGAGAAUAAUAAAAUCCGGGAAAUCUCACAACUUCAAGUGAUGUCAAUCUGAUAAAAUUUAAAAGAAAAAAUAAUCUUAACUGGUGGCAGUUUUUUUUAAAUUUACCAAUUGAUAGGUUCGUGUCGAAUCAUUUAUUCUUUUCAAAUUAAAGUUCAUAACAAGGAGAACGUCUUGAAUAAAACACUGUUUGAAGUCAUUGGUCACGUUGGUGGCGCCCUUGUUGACGUUCGGAUGGUACGAUAUUGUAACUUCAGCUGAGACAAAGAUUGAUAAUCAGUCAUAAUGUAGUCUUACUAUACGUUUCCAAAUACAUGUAGUCUGGUUCUGUGUUUUCAGGACCAUGUUUUUUAAACAGUUUAAACACAUGUUUAAACCUACUCGUGCCAUCGAAUCGACGGUUGAGUUUCGCACCACAAUAGAACAAAACUUCUUUUGUUUAAUCCAACAUCACACACAAGUUUGUGGACUUCAUAUCCACUGUCUGUAGUGUAGUUGUUUGUAGUUUAUUAGUAGUUUGUUUGGAUUUUGUGAGGUUUUUCCCCGAGAUUCUCUUGUCUUUUUCCUUGCAAAGGUCCUUUGGUUUUGAACACACUUUCCAAGUAGGGAUAUCUACCAAACCGGGGGACCCUAUUAAAAAGAAUAAUCAUCUUCGUUAUAGAUCCCCGGUUUGAAUGUGGAUACUUUAACUCCAAAAACACCAGUAGGCCUAUGUCUAAUGAGUUUUAGAAACGUGUUUGAAUAUUUAAGGGGACACUUGCUUUUGUUGGUCAAUAAUAAACUAAUUUAGCAAAUUAA